CUGAAGUGUACCUUUUUUCUCGUGUUCAUUCCAAAGUACUGUACCUCUAAUCUCUAAUCUUUUCGGUCGGUUCGAAGGUCAAGAUACAUCGACCUGCCACUGGCCAAUCAGAGCGCAGCAUCUUGAAUACAUUGUCAGAGGCACGAUGGCACGCACAACCUCCAUCUGGGCGUUGACAGCUUUAUCAACGGGCGUGGUGGCUCAUGUCCCUUCAAAGGCCAACUACACCAACACUGUACCAGAAGUCCCACACCCAUACCGGUGGCAAGGGUCAUACUCUUCGUCACUUGUCGAGACUCCAUACACCGUGCCGACUGCCAUCCCGGUGCCGACAUUACUACCAUCCGAGGAGGAGCCUUGCGAGACCACAUCAAGCACACCACCUCCGCCUCCACCUUCCUCUGAGCCAUGUGAAACGGGGACUGCGACUCUCUACCCGCCGGUACCAGAUUCUAGCGGCUACGAACCUGCAAGCUUCCUGGCACCACCUUUGUCAGCGGUCCAUAAGCCAUCACGGUCAUCUGUCUAUGCGACGGUGCCGGCUUAUCCUACUUCCGUAGGCAUCGACUCAAUCGCUUCUACCUGGCUGCCGCCUUCGUAUACCGUGGCCAUACCUUACGUCCCCACUAGCCCUGUACCUUCCACAUGGCUGGGCCCGUCGUACAACGUAGUCGUUCCUCUACCUCCCAACUCUGUUCCUCAAGGCACUACUUCGCCAGCCCCAAACGCUACUAGCUCCGUACCGUCAUCCUCCCAGGCUACAAUUCUAUCAUCACCAGUAGUUCCAAGCUCCUCGGCCUACCCAACUAAUAUCCUGUCUGCUCCUGGAGCCAGUAGCCCUGCCAGCUCCAUCCCACUGUCUUCGACAACUGCCAUCAUUCCUGUGCCUCCACCUCAAUACUCCAGCUCCGUUCCGGUCAUUUCGCCUUUGAGCCCUGCAGUCCCUACACCCUCCAUUACCGGACCGAGCAUUGCCUCAAGUCCGGUUGCUUCGUCUUCAGUAACGGCUAUCAUCCCGGUUCCUCCAUCUCAGACCUCGAGCCUUGUUCCUGUCGUCUCCUCAGCGAGUUCGCAGUCUGGUAACACUUCUAGCUCGGCACCAGUCGUCUCGUCCACCAUCGUACCUAGUUCAGCAUCGGCAAGCGCAACCUCGGGCAUCAGCACAGUGCCCAUUCCAUCAUCAUCCCAGGCCAGAACCGUCACCUCCCCUGCCUCAUCUCGACCUUUGCCAACGUUCUCUUUAGAGAGCUCACUCCUGUCCUCCGUUUCUUCGUCGGUAUCUCCAACGGGCAUUGUAGUCAUACCGUCUUCGAGCACCAUUGUUGAGCAGUCAUCUUCGCUGGCGAGUACAUCGCUGCCAACGUCUAGCGCUGUCUCAUUAACGACAUCCGGCGAGAACUCGUCUAGUGCCGUAUCGACCUUGGUGGGAACGAGCCUCCAGGGAGUAACCCCAACUCCGUCUUCCAGCACCGUAGACUCUUCAUUCGCCGGCUCAUCAACGGUCAGCCCUGCAUCUUCCUCACCAGAAACUACCUCGCAGACUACACGGCCUUCAGCCGCAGGGUCCUCUGUCCGCUACACACUGUCCACGAGCGCAACCCCAAGCUCAUCUGUGCCUGCAGAAACAACAACCGGUCCUCCACCCGCACCGCCUGUUCAGACAGGAACUGCAAGUGCAAUGGGCGCGAGUGGCAAGGAGAGAGUGUGGUGGGUUUCGUUUUUGCUUCCUGCGAUCUUCUUCUUUUGAGAGAUGUUGAGAGGCUGCCAUGAGCUAUGUUCACGAUUCUUGUAUGUUUAUGAUCUUACGAUGCUACUUUAAUGUUUCAACGAUAUAGUGUGGUGGCGAUAUUUUGUCAGGGGUCGGAUAUCUAGGAUGGGGAGAGCCUUGGGCUAGAGACCUGGUGUAGACUACUGCAGGCACAUAGAUGAUAUCUGAAACAAUACAUACAUAAG